GGGCUGUGGGGGGCGCCGGGGCCCCCUCGGGACGGCGGACGCCCUGGGGGUGGAGUCGGCCGCCGGCGGGUCAGAGGUGGGCUUCAGGAAUUCUGUCCAUUUUCAGGGAAGCGCAGGGCCUGGCGCCGGAUAUUUAAGAGCUGAGCAUUUGUGCGCGUGAGCGUGUAGUCCUCGGGUGUGGGGCACGAUGAAGCCUGCAGCCCCCCACAGCCUGCUGCUGAGCUCCCUCUGCCUGGCGCUGUGCUGCCUGGGCGGCGCGCGCGGGUCCCGGAGGAGUGACAACCAUCAGUGGAAAAAGCUAAUUAUGGUUCACCACUGGCCUGUAACAGUGUGCAAGGAGGUUGAGAACGACUGCAGAGACCCUCCGGAUUACUGGACCAUCCACGGAUUAUGGCCCGAUAAAGCAGAAGAAUGUAAUGGAUCAUGGCCCUUUAAUUUAGAAGAGAUUAAGGACCUUCUGCCUGAAAUGAAGAUGUACUGGCCUGAUGUGAUCCAUCCACUAAAUCACAGCCAUUUCUGGGGGCGUGUCUGCCGGGCCGGGGGCGUGCCCGUCUACGGGGGCGUGUCCUGGCGGCGGGGCGUCAGGGGGCGUGUCUGCCGGGCCGGGGGCGUGCCCGCCUACGGAGGCCUGAAUAGGGCCGGCCGCCCAGGGGCGGAAACGCGCAGGUCCUGGAAGCCGGGCGGUGUCAACUGCGAGGUCGCGGCUGGGGUCGCGGUGCAGCGUUGGCAGGGACGCGUGCACGCCUGGGGGGCCCGGGUUCUGCGUCUCCGUCCAGAAGGUGACGGAGGGGUCCUCGCAGGUUCCCACGCCUUCCUGCUCUCGGACCGCAGGACUGAGGACCGCCGCACGGGGGAAUUUUUUUUUAAUUUAAAUUUUAGCAUGCUCCAAAAAUUGGGAAUAAAGCCAUCUAUCAAUUACUACCAGAUUUCAGAUAUUAAAGACGCCCUUGCCAGCAUAUACGGAGUCGUACCUAAAGUCCAGUGUCUUCCACCGAAACAGGGUGAGGAGGUGCAGACGAUCGGUCAGAUCGAACUGUGCUUCACCAAAGAGCUGCGGCUACGGAACUGCACGGAGCCGGGGGAGCCCGGGGGGCCCGGGGGGGCCGGGGGCCCGGGGCUGGAGGUCUGCGAGGACGGCCCGGCCUUCUACCCGCCGCCACAGCAGACAGCUCCCUGACGCCCACAGGCCACGGGCAUGUUUUGAAGAGCUGGAGAGAUGCACAAAGCACUGCCUGUCAGAAAGCGGCUGCCAAGUGGAACGUUGCGUCUGCAAGCGUCUCUGCUGCAAGGCUGUUCGGUUUUGCGUUUCCCUUCACGCCCGUGUGCUGACGCUGUACCUGUAAAUCUGGGCUGAAUAUGGGUGCAGCGGGAGAAAGGAAGCCUCCCACGCCUCGGUAGAGGCUUUGUGGUUGGAAUAAAGGAUACAGAUUUUCUUUCCUUC